GCGGCGAUCAGUUGACGUCUGGUGGUCACGUGUGGAAGUCGGCGAGAAAGCAACCACGCGACGUUAGCGACAUCAGUCGUGUGCCGUCCUCCGUCGAAAGGGGACCUGUCCGUUCCUCCGAUACUAUCCAUCAUCUAUCGACACUAAGGGAAUACAAGUGUUUUUUCCGAUCUGAACGUGGAAUCUUACAGGAGUUACAAGAUACGCGAGCUUGAUUUGUGAUGAUAUAAGACUCAAAUAAGUGUGAAAAAAAACUUUUUUGUGAUGUGCAGUUCGACCAGUUCAAACAUGGCAGAUAGUCAGAAAACAAGACGAAGUAACAAGCCCCUUAUGGAGAGGCGUCGUCGGGAGCGCAUUAACCACUGCCUAAACGAACUAAAGAAUUUGGUCCUUACAGCCCAGAGGAAAGACCCGACGCGGUACAGCAAGCUAGAGAAAGCAGACAUCUUGGAGAUGACAGUCCGCCAUGUGCAGGCGCUCCACCGUCACGACAGCGGCGCCCCUCGAGGCUCGGCAGGGAGCGACUCCACGGCCAAGUACCGGGCGGGCUUCACCCAGUGCGCCUCGGAGGUGAGCAGGUUCCUGGCGGGCGUGAACGGGCUGCCCGCCGACCUCCACACGCGCGUCAUGUCGCACCUGAGCACCGCCAGCACCACCACCGAGGCCCCGUCGGCGACCGAGGUCCUCGAGGCCAGGAGUCCUGCGUCGUCCCCGCAGCACCCCGAGGGCUCGCAGGCUUCGCUGGCAGGAGUGCCUCUCAUGCAGGCGCGCCUUCCCUCGGGUCAGCUGGCCCUCGUGCUCCCGUCCUGGGCCUCGGUUCCUUCGGGGAACGUAUCUCCUGUGAACGCAGCAUCGCCCGAGGCUGCGGGAACGCCCUCCUCGCCCGAGUCCGCCCGAGGAAGCCCUCAGAGAUCUCCCGACUCCUGCGAGGGGCGGGUGAGUCCGUGUGCUUAUUCAGGAGGCGAAGCGAGCCCGACCACGAGCGUGCAGGACUCGCCCCCCGACCCCCAGGUUGCCCCGCUCGACCUGGCAUCACGGUGCAGGUGGAAUCCCCGCAGCUGGCCACGUCGGCCACCAAGCCCCAGGUGGCCCUUCACCCCCGGCCCACCGCCACCACCCCUGCCCCUCGCGUUUCACCCAAACAGGGCCCCGUCGCUGCGCCCAAGGUGGCGCCCUUGGUGAAAGGCCCGCCGCGUGUGGCACUCUCCCGCCUGUAGAUUAAACGUUUCCAAGCUGGUGAUAUCAGUGCCUUGAUGUCCUGUACCUGAUCCGCGGGCAUGAUUUUGUACUUCUUGCUUAUCUGUCUUGAGUAUAUUUUUCUAUAUGCAUUUUACCUUUUUAUAUAAAAAGUCUAUAUUUACUAUUGUAAAUAAACUUCCGUGUUCCUAAUUCUGAUGGUGCUGUGAUGGAUAAUGCGAUCGAGUGUAUGUGAGUGAGCAUGUGAAAGUGCAAAUCUUUCCGAGACAGAGCUGUGACUCGCCAUGUCUAUAAAAUCUUUGCACAGUCGAAAGAUGUCAUCAUUUACCAGGCUCCUGUAUUUAAAAGUUAUGAACAUCAAUCAUCGCCUGUUAAUGUUGAUUUUCCAGAAAUCUAUCAUUAUGUUCGGGACUGCCAACAUGAAGGAGAAAGUCCUUGAGUUUCAAAAGACAGUGAAACGAUUAUAUUAUUGAGACCAGUACAAAUAUGAAAAUAAGUAAUUAUAUUUCUAAAUAAAUAUAUAUAGUUUAAAA